AUGUCGAAGACUCAACAACAGCCGCUUUCGGCAUUCCGCGUCAACUAUGCAAGCACAUCGAAAUCGAAAGCAUCAGACUUGCCGGAUCCCAUUGGUUUCACAGACCCAGACGCCGUCAGUAAGAAGCAGUCCAAGUCGAAGUCCUCGUCGGCGGUAGCACAGAAACGUGCAGAUCCAGCAGCACUCAAGAUGGCAAAGGCAUGGGAGCUAGCAUACUCGCCAGCAAAGUCGCUACCCAUGAACGCGAUCAUGCUGUACAUGUCCGGAUCGGGUGUACAGAUCUUCAGUAUGAUGGCGGUAGGCAUGCUCAUCACUGGCCCGUUGAGAGGCAUCUCGAGCAUGAACAACGCUUUCGAUCGCCUUUCUUCGCCCGGACAAAGCCUGUUGCUACCCAAGCUUCUUUUCAUCGCCUGCCAGCUGGCGGGCAUCACACUGGGACUUUACAAGUGCUGGAGCAUGGGCCUCUUGCCGACAGAGACGAGCGACUGGCUCGCUUGGAGGCAGCCACGGACGCCGCUCGAGUUCUCGCCCAUUCAUUAG